AUGAACACUCGUGGAUUAAAUCCCAGUGCAAGCAGCAGUCUGCAAGCUGUUAGCGGACUAGGAGGGGCCCGCCUUCGUGCACUCGAAGCUGUGGCUGCAUCUGAUGACACCUUUCCGCCCUUAAGGUUGGCUGUAGUCAAGGCCUUGGGUAUCAUUGAGGUUAUCAAGAAAUUCAACUCCAACAAGAGAGCCUGGAUUGCUUGUUCGGAUAGUCUUAUCUGGAGGGUUGAGGAGAUCAUUCAGCAUACCUGUAAAUUUCGCAAUGAUCAGGUUCCAUCUGCUUUGCAGUCUUGGCUUGAGGGUUUGAAUGGAACUUUGGACCAUUUAAAAGAAAGUGUUUCAGAUAUUCACCAGCAGAGUUCCAGGAAAUUUUUCAGCUUUGCACAAGAUAAAAAAGUUAAGAAGUUUGAGGGGAAGAUGAAUGAAGCUAUGAGUUCUUUUCGUGCCCUUUGGUAUGAGGAAAACUUGCAAAGAGUGGGCUCCAACUCCUAUAUUUACUGGGUUGUAUAA